CUUCUUUUCAACCGUAACCUUGUGGCAUACAAUUCCAAAUGCCUUCACAAUAGUGGAUUAGCUCUCUCAAACCGAUAGACUAUGGUUGAUCUGUUUUCUAUAUGGCCUAUACAAAAAAGUCAGGGGCAAUAAUAGCGUAUUGCCACUGUUUGGUUAUUAAUCAGUGACGAACGAAAGCGGGUAACCAACCGAUCGUCGUCAAUAGCGAUCGACGUUGUUUGAAACGAGAACUUGAGGUCUCUGAAAGAACCGGUGCCACCGUUUACCAUCCGGUUGGAUAUAGACGUGGUUUAGGGAUACUUUAAGGGAGUUUGAGCAGUAUUUGUUGGAUAUUAACUGUGUUUGACAAUUGUGGAGUUACUUAGGUAGUAUAGUAAAGUUCCAGCCAUGUCGCAAGUUGGGGUCCGUCCGGCCUCCCAGCUGUCUACGGGGCGCCCGGGGGUGACGCUGCCACAGAUUCAGCAUCCUUUGUCACGGAUGAGCAACCCCGGGGAUAUGGGGGUACGCGGUAUCUCCCGCUCUGGCGACCGCCCGCUCUCCAACCCAGUGAGUGGCCGUCCACUCGCCAAUGAGAGCCACUAUCCUCUCCGAAAGUCGUUGAGCGCACUCAGCGGCCGUGAAAGCCGCCAAGCCAGCCGCCUUAGCCACAACCAGAUUCCACAGGCGAUGAACAUUGACAGUAUACCGGAAGGGGUCGAGGUCACCUAUGGCGACCCCGGAAAAACCAGGAUGCCCAUUUUUGGCAACAAGGCGGAUGUGUCCUCCGUGCCACCAAGCCGCGCCGGCUCCCGCCUCUCCACCGCCUCCGCCCAGGCCAGGCUAGAGAUCGACGAGUUGGAGAUGUUAUUACGACAGAGAAUGCGAGGCAACUUUUUCGAGAUCAGAAAACAGUUCCAGAAUAACGACCCUGAGGGCAAGGGAAACGUCUCCAGGGAGGCCCUAUACCGGAUCCUGAUGACCGUCCUGGGCCGCCAGCUGACACAGUCACAGUUCUCCAAACUACUGGAGCGCUUUAGCUUCAAUAACCGUAUCAUGAUCAACUACUCUGAGUUCUUCUCGCUCUUCCGGAAGUUGAAUGACGAGGACUCCUCCUAUCCGCGCUGGAUGGACCCUGUGCAGCGCACACACCUGGAGAAGGCGACAAUGAACGCCGAUCAGGUGCACGGGCAGCUCAGAGAGAAGGCGAGACAGAGGUUCAUGGACGUGGCUGAGCUGAUUCCACAGAUGAACCCAGGAGGAAGUGGCCGCAUCAUGAAGCCGGAACUUCGCCAGCUCCUUAACAAGCUCAUGUUCUACAUGGACGACGACGAAUUCGACAAACUUUGGGACAGGUACGACCCUGACGCCUCGGGGACGAUCAGCGGUGAACGGCUUCUGAACAAGCUGGGAAUCAACUUCCAGGGCGCCAUGGACUCCGGCCGUCUCUCACCCAUACAAGAGUCAGAUUUGAGAAAGCUUAAGAUCUCGGACAAAAGGGUUGUAACAGAGUUCAAACAGCUCGAGCAGAGGUCGAACAAACGGACGCCUCGUCGUAAGGAGGUUGAGCGGCGUCACCAGCUGGACGUGGAGCGCUGGCUGAAGAACAAGUUCCGGGAGGGAUUCUCCACCAUGAGGGAAGCCUUUGAGGCGAAGGACACAAAGAGUGACGGCACCGUGAAUUUUGACGACUUCCUGGAGGUGCUGGCCAACUUUGGACUCAAACUUGAGAAGAAAUACCUUGCAGCCUUCCUGUCGCGCUGUUCUGUGUCCGCCAACCGGAACGGCACCAUCCCGUACCGCGAGUUCCUCCACCGCUUCCAGGACCGUAGCGAGCGCGGCAUGACGCACACCAUCCUCACUGAUAACAAACACAGGCUAGUCAGACUGUUUAACGCUGACGGACGCCAGUCUCCCAAGUCCGAGAACAACCUAAGCGCUAUUGAAGCACAGCUUAUGAAUAUGUUCCAACGAGAUUUCCUCGCCCUUCUGGGAACAUUCAAGAGUAUCGACAAGUUAGAGACGAACGUGAUCAACCAGGAGGAGUUCCGUGCAGCCAUGGAGAGCCGCUUCAACCUCACAUUGACGGAGGACCAGUUUGAAUCCUUCAUUGACCGCGUACCACUAGACGAGGACGGGGCAGUCAAGUACACGGAUUUUAUGCAGCAGUUCGAUACGCGGGGUAUGGCUGCAAGUUUGUUCCCUGGUAGGGAGGGUGAACAGAAGAAGAAGGUCACAGUCGGGCCACUUCCGGAAGAUAAACCGGAAAUCAAGCCACCGGCCCCCAAACUCCAGAAAACGGAAAUAGCCGAGUACAUGACUUUUGACGACGAGCCGCUCAUUGACGAGGCUGCACCUCGUCGCUCACCGCAGGAGAUGUUCAGGGUCAUUAAAGAUCUGCUAACCAAGCGCUUCAACGACGUUGAGCGCAUGUUCUUUGAGCUAGAUGAAAUUAAUUCCAUGAGAUUUUCACAAGAACAAAUGUUCCAGUUGUUAAGAAGGUUCCCGGAAAUGAAACCGGAAGUGACCCGAGGAGAGAUCCGGGAUCUCUGGAAGACAUUCAUCACAAACAAGGACAAGACGCUCGACUAUUACGAGUUUGUCCGUCAUUUCGGAUUCUCUCGUACGUCGGCAGCGUUCCCGAACGCAAAACGAAACCCGCCACGUCACGGUGACGCUGACUUUAUGAUCCGCUCACGAAAGCUAAACUGCGCUUCUGAUAUGCUUCAGGACAGCCUCCGAUCAAAGAUCGACUACAUGUGGGAGGAGCUACGGAAAGAGUUUGUGAAUAUGGACCCUUACGGCGUGGGCUUCGUCUCCCAGGAGGAGUUCCGUGACGUCUGCAAGGAGCUCUGCGUCCAUCUGUCCUCGUUUGAGCUCGAUCAACUUGUCCAAAAGUUUGACAUCAAGAAGGACGGAAGGGUGUCUUACAUCGAGUUCCUGAAGCCAUUCGCUCUGCGCAAGCAGAUCUGGCGUCAUGGCAAUAACAUGCUGUCGCUGCUGCAGCAUCCACAAGCGGAACUUCCGAUGAGCGACAUCGUGGAGCCGCCGCAGAAGGGCCUCCAUGGCAUCACCGCCAAGCUCAGACAGAAGUUGGCCGGCGACUGGAAAAAUCUCCGUCGCGCAUUCCGGAAGUUAGACAAGUCAAACAACGGGUACAUGUCCGUCCCAGAAUUCCGUUCGGUACUGAAGCUUGCUAACGUCAUACUCGAUGAGGAUGAAGUCUACCAUGUAUUAAACCGGUUCGAUAAUAACAUGAGCGGAAAGAUUCAGUAUGAAAAAUUCAUCGAAGAAACAUUUAAACCGGAAACGCGACACAGUGUACGCCCGGCAUGAUUUUAAGGGUCGGACAAACUUUCUAGGCUGUUACUAGGUAGUCAGUAUUCAUUUUAGUAUUAUUUCAUGUUCACUUAAUAUUAUGCGACCAAGCAAACAACUAUAUUAUAUCAUUUAUAUAUAAAUAAAUGUUUUUGAAAUGUGUUUUAUUUCUUUUGAAUGGCUAGCUUUUUUCCAAAGCUAGUAAAUCGUAUAUCUAUGGAACUUCAAACGCUGUAUUUUCAUUGUUGUUGUUGAUUUUCCUUCAAUUUAAAUUAUCUAUACAUAUUUACGUGUAUUGUAUAAAAUUCGAAAUAAUCAUAACAUCAAAAUGUUCCUAUAACUCUGAGGCAUUUUCUGCGAUGCAUCGAUUUAUAAGUCUGUGAUUUGCAAAUGUGUGAUAUAUCUGAUUUUGUGAUAUCUGUAUGUAUGCAUGAUUUUAAAAAUGGCCUUGUGUAUGCACAUAAAUUGUUUUGCCGUUUAAACUUUUUUUCGUCCAGUAUUACAUGGCACGUUUCGUGUUCAAAACAUAACAUGAUAAGCAUACAUGUACCGUACAUGUUGACAAAUUUGUACAACAAAAAUCUAUGAAAUCUUCAUAUUUUUUACUGUUUUGUUAUUUCAUGUUUUGAUUGUUUCUGUUAUUCAUAGUUUAUGUGCAUAUAUAUUUUGUAAAUACUUGUUACCAACGUAAUCUCGUGUGCGUUACAUUCCAGUGUAAUAUUUAUAGAUUUAGAUUAUUGUUUUUCGUUUUCCCAUUUGCAUUCGAACCUUUCUGCGUAUUUAUGAUGAAUAAUGAUUCUACUUACAUCUUGUGUAUAAUUAUGCUAAACUUGCACUUUUAAAAAAAAAUGUCCAAAGCAGGACCGAUGUCCAGAAAUUGCAGAAAGCAAAAGACGUGAAAAUAAAACAAAAACAUCCUCUUUUGCCAGCACGUUCAAACAAUAUGUAUUUGCUGGAACCGGUUUAUCGGAUAGUCUCGGAUUAUAAUAGCGCCGGGUUCCCGGAUGUAGUUGGUAUGCAAGUCAGGGAGCGACACCCUGCAUACACAACAUAAUCCGGGAACUAUGGAAACCUGGUGUGCUAGUUUUAGAACUAUGUUUUAACUUUACUAAGUUCAUUGAUCAUAUUAUUUCUCAUUGUUGCAUUGUAAAAAUGGUUUCUAUAGAUAUAUGUGAUCCAUAUUUCUGUGAUAAUUUCGCAUUAUUCUUUGUUUGCAGUUAUAUCUGUUUUCAACUGAUUUUGUAUCUUUUCAAGCACUAACCAUGUCUGUUUAUACAAAUAAAAAACUACGUUAUCA